AUGUCGCAAGGGGAGCGGGCGACGAAACGAGUGGCCGACCAGCAGCGACGCCGCCGUGAGCAGCGUGAGAGCAAGGAAUCACAGCCAGCAUCGAUCACCUUUGACGCUGCGGUGGCAAAGGUCGCGUCGGAGGCAGCUCUCGGCGUGGCGGAGGUUGAGGAUUUCCGCGACUGGCUGCUCGACCCACAGCAAGCUGGACAGCCGAUCGACGGUGAACGCAUCACCGAGUGGCGCGCCUCCGAAGCGUACGAGCGCGCCCGGCUCGAGUGCAUGGAGGGUUGCAUGUGCGAGGGUGCGUGCACGUGCACCUACGAUGGCGUAGGCAUCGCCCCAGACGUGCCUGGAGUCACCUGCGACUACCUCGACGAGGCGCUUUUGGAGCCGCGCGCCAACGACGGGCAGCCGCGUCAGGAGCGCGCGCUGGAGCUGCAGGGGCGCAUCUCCUUAUUUUACGGCCGGCCUUGGGACGAGGAGCGUGCGCGGUGGUUCCGCGACCACGGCGGUGGCGGCGAGCUGGAGGGCUCGACGCGAAAGCAGAACGAGGCAUUCCAGCGUUUGAAGGACCGCCUCUUUAGCCUUCCCCGCGACCGCGCGAACCCGUCGGGCACACCGCGUGCCUCGCAACGCCGGGCGUCGGGCGCCGGAUCAAGCACCGACCCCCUGCGCCUCUCGACCGAGUGCACACUCGAGCGCUCUGCCUACUGUAGCGGCAUUACGGAUGGAAUCCCGCUCUGCGCUUGCCUGUGCCGCCACCUCUCUGCCACCUACACUCGCUCUUGCGUCGGCACGCUCGCCAUGUUUAUGCAGACCUGGCAUCACGAGGCUGGGAAUAUCGCGGACAGGGGGCUGGGACCCCCUCCCACCGCCUGGGCCCUCGGCGUCGCGCUGGUCUCCUCUGUCUUUCUCACCGGCGCCAUCUCGGUGGUUUACUGGUACGCGAGGGCGACGGCAGCGGCGAGCUCCCGGGCGGUGUCGACCACGCCGCGGCGCGAGAUCGCUUUUUACGAGGCCGACGCGCCGUCCGACGGCGCCGCCAUCACCGACGACGUCGGCAGCGUCGGCUUCAUGGUAGCGAUGAACCCUGGCGAGCACAACCCCGCGAUCGCGGCGGCCUCUCUAGCUGUGGAGCGCCAGGCGCAGCGCGCGCUCGGCGUCGAUCGAGCGCUGGGCGCCAUCGCCGCGGAAACCGCCAUUGAGACUGCGGUGCGGGCUGUGUGCGACGAGGUGGGCUCGUUGGAGGUCGAGGUGGCGGCCGAAUCGACGUGGCAGAUGCUGACGCUGCCAACCAAGCGCGGCAGCGUCACCGCGGCCUCCGUGAGGGCGCGCAGUGUCGUGGCGGGCGGCGUCCGCGCCUCUUCUGCAGAGCUCUCCUUCCCGGAAGGCGUCAGCGUCGUCCUCGGCACGCCCACGUCGUCGCAGCCCGCCGCACAGCCCGCCGCUUUCGGACUGCCGAACCUCGCGCGGCGCACGCCGGCGGACUUCGCGGUCCGCUUCUCCCAGGACGACCUCUCUCGCUCUCCGGUGCUCUUCGCGUCGCUCGAGGCGCUGCUGCAAGAGCUGCUUCGGUCGGGCGCCUCGGCGGCGAUCGGCAGCGUGCUGCCGCAGGACACGGCAGCGCUGCGCAUCACGCUGCGCGAGGUCGAGUCUCUCCGCGACGGCCGCAUCACCCUCAUCGCCGACGGCACGAGCACGCGCGCAGACGGCUCUCUCGUCUCGCUGCAGGGGCUGCGAGUCCGCACCGCGGUGGGCGUGUCGCGGGUGGAGAGGAUGGUGGUGCUGAGCAGGAGCGAGCUGCUCUCCACCUUCGAGGGGCUCGGCGCGCGGCUCGAGGUCGGCCUCCCCUUCCUCCGCGGCGCGGGCAUCCCUCUCCCCGCCGGUCUCACCCUCGAACAGCUCGCGGUGCUCGAUGGCGCAGUCACCGCGCGCGGCAGCGUCACCCUCGAGCCGCUCGACUAUUCGGCCCUCCUCGAGCAGGCGCAGCAGAUCCAGGCCGACUUUGCCGCCCCGGCGGCGACCUCAGCGACCGUCGACACGGAAGGAGUCGUCGAGGAGCAGCCCGCCGGCACGAGUCAGGGCAGCCUGCCACGCGGCGUCUGA